AGUGCCGCAUUUAUCUAGGAAUCUGAGCCAAAGCAACCUCACUAGCAGGAGCACGAGAAAGGGGACAACAAGUGAGAUGAUCUGAGAAGAAAGAAAGAACAUGAAAGAAACCCAGAGAAGAAAACACAAAAUGGACAAGGACAUGACUAUGAAGAUCUAAUUUUCCCUCUUAAAAAAAGGACAAAGUCAGCAUAGUCUAUUUGCCUGAAGAGGCACUGCUUGAUGAGCUGAAGGAAAGUGAAGAGAAAGUUUGCAGGGAAUCGUCAACACAAAGCAACUACUUGGAGGAACAACGUUGGACCACGGUUUAAGAGGUUUAAAACAUUUUUCCAUGUUUCCUUUCAGUUCCUUUAAGUUUAGCAUGCUUCCUCUCCUCUAUGUGGGAGUGCUGCUAUCCUUAGUUGCCUCUCCAGCCUGUAUAAAUCCUCCCUGCAAAGAUAAUCUAGUGGCCUCACCCAUCCAGCCUGGGACUGGAGCUGGAGCAGGUACCGGGGCUUGUGAGGGUCAAACUGGGACAACUGCCUGCAGGACAGGGGUUUCACUUGCAGCAAUCUCGGACAUCCCUCGGAAAGUGGAGCACAAACAUGAACAACCCCAGUUUCAGUACAAGCAGACUGGGGUUGUCAGAGAGCGCCUGGUUCAGCUGCAGCGCUGCAUGCGCUCUGUCCAGGAUACUGGGGGACCUUGGAGUCACGAGGGCCAGGAGAGCAAUUCUCUUGGGGCCAUCCUGGCUUUAAUGGCAGCUGUGCUGACAGAGUGUGACCUCCACUGUCACAGCCAGGCGCUUGGGGCAAUGGCUAAACGACUGGAGAGCGCAGCGGUGGGGAGAGAGGGGGAGAAAGACUUGCUGCUUUUCCUCAAGAGCAUCACUCAACAUCCACCCACAGUUGCCCCCUUGGAGAGGCUACAUCCUCGGGACUGUGCAGAGAUUUACACGCUGGGGAUCAAAGAGAAUGGAAUCUACACCAUCCAGCCUGACCUGAAUGGGCCGGCACUAGAGGCUAAAUGUGACAUGGAGACUGCGGGUGGCGGGUGGACAGUAAUCCAGAAUCGGCAAGAUGGCUCAGUGGACUUCAACAGAACAUGGCAGGAAUACCGGGAGGGCUUUGGAAAUCUGCAAGGAGAACACUGGCUGGGUAACGCAGCGUUGCAUGCCCUUACCUCCAGUGGCCAACACCAACUCCGCAUUGAGCUGGAGGACUGGCACCAGCAGAGGCGCCAAGCCACCUACAGCAACUUCAAAGUGGCCUCGGAGGCACAGAGGUAUCGCCUGACAGCACGGGAGUAUUCUGGUGAUGCAGGUAAUGCACUGAGUUACAGUAAGCGCUACAACCACGACGGCAGGUCCUUCAGCACUGCUGACAGAGACUAUGACCGUUACGUGUCGGGAAGUUGUGGUCAGUACUAUGGUGCUGGCUGGUGGUUUGAUGCUUGUCUGGCAGCUAAUCUGAAUGGACGGUACUACCGUGGGCGUUACAGCGGGGUAACCAACGGCAUCUACUGGGGAACGUGGUACAUCCUGACAGAUGGACGAACUGGAGAGCGCUACUCCUUCAAGAGGGUGGAGAUGAAGACAAGACCCAAAAACUUUAUGGGAACAGACUAAAGAUAAUGAUGUCAACAUAAUGGGGAAAAUUUGCUGUGCAGUAGACUACAGUAAUAAUCACACCAGACACUUUCUUUCUUGUUUUAUAAUCGAUAGAUGCUUUGGUCACUAUAUUUAGCGUUGCUUUCAUGUCACUUAUCAGUUAUAUGCAGAUAGCAGCUAAAAGAUUUUUAAAAAAAGUGUAAAAGAAAUAAUGUUUAAAUGCUGAUUAGCAGACUGUGAAGCUCUACUUUCUUUAUGAUGGGCUCACUCUGGUAAAAAAUACAUGUUACUUCAUAACUGUGAAACAGUUAAAUACAUAUUGAAAAUAUUGCAGAGGUUGCUGUAAUAAAUUUCCAGAAUCUUUAUUGCACAUCAACAACCUGCAAAAGGCUACCUUAAUGUAUCACAGGAUGCCAGGGGAGGCAUGUUUUCUCCGUGUUAACAGUUUAAGGACAAGACAAACAACCCAAACCACACAUGAAAGUCAUCCUUCACAUGCAUGAGUUAAUACUGGUAAUUUGCUUGUGUUCCUACCUGUCUAUGCUCUGUGACCUAUACAAGCUGCCUGCAGCAGCUCACAGACAUUGUAGGUCAGAUGAAGUCAUGGGAGACCAUUUACUAAAAGGCAAGAGGUCAUCGUGUCCCUGCAGAGAGCUCAGCUGUUAUAUACACAACUCCUAAAACUAAAACUUCAUCACACUGUGAUUCAUGUGACAGGGUGUCUAACCACAGUCCCCUACUGUAUGUUCUGCCUCCAGCUGCUUUAAUAGAAAGCCAAAGAGCCAAAGCUCACAGUCUGAUACUAAACCAAGAGUAGCCCAGUUUUAGACAGGCCAUCUCACCUGACUAAUACUUUCCCAGGUAGAGGUCUAACACACUGACGCUAACUCUCAGGACCUUCUUUUUUUCCUUUUCUGUUGGCAAACCGUCCUCCACCCACCUCUAUUAAAUCAAACACAAACAUACUGAAACAGUCACCCUCCCCUGGUCUCUAGAGUUGGUGUCAGCGGGGGUGAUUCAUCCACAGAUGUGUUUCACGAAGACGUUUUGGGAGUAGGUAUGUGAGUCAGUGGGUGUGUGUCUCACAGUCUUUGUAAAAGACUUUUUACUUUUAGCAUUGUUUGCAGUGAGCUGUCAGUCUCUGCAACAAGCAGGCUGUCUAAUGUGAUCGUGUGACAGCGCUCUCAUCUAAACACAAAGACACACUGCUGUCAGACCUCCUACCUGUCGAAGUAUUUCACAUACACUACUUAUCUACACACAAGGAGAUGUCUGUUUUAUGCACACACACAAACACACACACACACACACACAUGCACACACACACAGGAGUCAGUGGUUCUCUCAGCAGAUAAGGAGGUGCAUGAUGUGCUUGGCUUCUUAAAAACAAAUGGAUCCCAUUGUACACAUCAUGGGAAGGUAAUCACUGUUACACAACCACAAGCUCCUUUUCACCUUUUCACCUGUUUCACACAUAACACAUAAUAUUGCACACACACACACGCACACACACACACACAGGCUAACGAUAAGCAAUUAUGAUCAAUCACCCAUAAAACCUAUUAUACAUAUCAGCUUUCUAGUUUAAUUUUCUCUGUGUGUCUUCGUGUGUGCUGGAAACAAAGCUGGAUGGCUCUGUGUUCUGCCCCCUGGUGGCUCCUGGUUGUAUUGUAGAGACUGAGAAAAGCUUUGUCUCAGCUGAAGAUGAAAUGUGAAGUCAACACAAAAGAAAUUAAAACCAGGAUAAAAUUCUGUCAAUCUAAAUUCUUUUUUUUUUAUCUUUAAGAGAUUCUGCCUGUAUAGAGAUGAACGUCUAAAAAUCAAGCUCAGUAUCUAAAUCAAUUUUCCCUCUAUGUCAUCAAUAAAUGGAGCAAAAACCUUUUCCUACCACU